AUGAAUCCCGUCAAUACCAAGCCCUACAAGCUGCCAAACGAUGCAGUGUGGUUGAUAACCGGCUGCUCGUCGGGCAUCGGCCGCGCUCUCGCGACGCUCGUCGCCAGCAAACCUAACCACCGCCUCAUCGCCACGGCCCGCAACCCAGCCGAUCUCGCCUACCUCCCCGAGGGCAACGCCAAUAUCCUCAAGCUCCCGUUAGACGUGACCUCCCCAGAGUCGGUCAACGCCGCCUUCACCGCCGCCACAGAGCAUUUCUCCAAGACCGAGAACGGGGGCAGAUUUUACCUUGACGUUGUCGUCAACAACGCCGGCUACUCGCUCUCGGGCGACACCGAGUCAGCCACCGAGGAGGAGACACACCGCGAGAUGGAGACGCUGUUCUUUGGCACCGCGCGCGUGACCACGCGGGCCAUCGAGGCCAUGCGUCAACCGGCCAAACAGGGUAAAGGGGGGGAGGUUAGAGGUGGCGUCAUUUUCAACAUCUCAUCGCUUGCCGGACUGUGCGCCUUCGCCGGCCACGCGUACUACCACGCGGGCAAGUUCGCUGUGGAGGGCUUCUCGGAGAGUGUCGCCAGAGAGGUCCACCCGGAUUGGGGGAGGCACGAUAUGCCUGGUGGUACAUACCACACCCUGGGGGUUGCAACGGUGCACGAUCUGAGACAGUCUGCGUGUAGUGCGAUGGCUGACGUAGAUGACAACACCCCAGUCAAUGUGUGCAUCGUCGAGCCCAGCGGCGUCAAGACCAACUUCGAGGGCCACAGCAAGGCACGCACCGCCGCGCACCCGGCGUACGCGGCGCCCGACAUGCCGGCUCGCAAGCUCGAGAUGUACGUCAACAUGGGCAUCAAGUCGGGCGUGGGCAUGAUGGAACCUACCGCCGUUGCCGAUGCGUUAUACACUGUUGCGAGUCGCGGCGAGCGCAUUCCGUUAAGACUGCCUCUGGGCGCCACGGCGUGGAAGAUGGGCAAGGCCAAGUUUGAGGGCUUAGUGCAUCAGUUCGAGGAGGUCAAGGAGAUUAGUGCGAUGAGUCAACAGUUGUGA